AUGUGCGUGGAGGAGGAGCUGGUUGACCCCAGGUCGCAAGACGCUCUCCUGAAACAAACCCUGGACCAGGGAAGAGUAUUGUCCCUGACAGGCCACACUCUGCCCCUUGGAGACAAGAGGAACUGGUAUCCCCGCCCCUCUGCUCAUGCUCACAGGGGCCUCCUCUGGGCGAAGCCUCCUCUGGCGCCACCCCGCCAUGGCUGCCAGGCUGCUCUGCUGCGUGGCCCUUGGUUCCUGGGAGUAGAAUCUGCAGAUGUUGGAGUCACCCAAACACCCAGGCACGAGGUGACAAAAGUGGGACAAGAAGUAACUCUGGAUUGUCAGCCGAUUUCAGGUCAUGAAUCCCUUUAUUGGUACAGACAGACCCCAGGGCAGGGACUGGAGUUUCUCAUUUACUUCAACAACGGGUCUCCUGUGGACAAGUCAGGGAUGCCCAAGGGCCGGUUCUCAGCUGAUAUGCCUAAUGCAUCAUUCUCCAUUCUGAAGAUCCAGACCACAGAACCCAGGGACUCGGCCACCUACCUCUGUGCCAGCAGCAUAGGCACAGUGCCGCAGAGUCACCCCCUGUCUGUGCAGAAAACCUCUGCUUCCCCUUCUGGCCCCAGCCCCAGCCGUCCACAACAGCCUUUCCAGGCUCCUCCCCUAUCAGCGCAAGGACUGGGUUUGGGGUUCUGCUGUCCUCAGGGAAGGCAAGAAGGGAAUGAUGAGCGAUCACAUUAGGAAAUUUGGGGGAGGAAGGCAUUAGGGGGCUGUUCCUGGCAUUUCUUACGUCGAGUGACAGUCCCUGGCUAAGGGCAGAUGGCAUCCACUGGGCUUUCAAGUGACUGAAUAAGCGGAAAAACUGCAGCCAUUCCUCAGUGAUAAUUACCAUCCUGUAUUGUCUUCCAUUAGUGAUGAGUCACCCCCUCACGGCUUCACCUCCAUCAGAAUGAUCAGAAUGAUCAGAAUGGUUAAAUGGACCCCUCGUUAAAUCCUCAGACCCUCCCAGCCUUUCCCAGUUCCUUCUAACCCUUCUCAUUCUGAGUUUUCCUUAAGAGUCGCCUUAAUUAUAACAAAACAUUGUUUUUUCAC